CUUUACAACUUGCGAAGUACGAUUGUGUUUUGUGCGUUCGUCUUAGCUACGAUAAUUUUACCAGCAAGUUAAUUAGCUUGUCCUUGUUGUAUAUGCUUCUGAUUUUACUGCAACAUAUACUUCGAGCAAAGUUAUUAUUUUAAUUACUCGAGUUAUAAGGAAUGUUUACAAGAUGACUUCAGAGUACGUUUGUCAAUCAAUUAACAAACGAUCGUUUGAGUCAUCAGACUUAACUUUUUCAUCUGAGUUGUUUUAACAUAUACUGAUUUAACUGUUUUCAAGAUUUUUCACAUUUCCCAGUAAUACACUUUGUUAUCUCAUGGCAUGUGUCGUCGUACACGCUGGUGCCGGAUAUCAUUCUAAAUCAAAAGAAAAGAAAUAUAAUAAAUUGUGUUCCGAAGCCUGUUCAUUGGCCGGGAAACUUUUGUCAGUUGAUCACAAAAGUGCCAUCGACGCUGUGGAAGCAGCUGUAGCGUAUUUAGAAGACUGCCCAUUAACCAAUGCAGGGAUCGGUAGUAAUCUGAGUAUUAAUGGGUAUGUGGAAUGUGAUGCGGGAAUAAUGAGUGGCUCUACCCUUCAGUUCGCCGGGAUUGGAGCUGUUCGUAAUAUGAAGAAUCCCGUAAAGGUUGCAAGGCUUCUGUUACAGUCACAAAUUGACCAUCCUCUGGGUGAGUUAGGACGCGUUCCUCCAUCUGUACUUGUCGGUGAUGGUGCUCAUCUGUGGGCUGCGUCAAAAGGAUAUCCUGUUGAUAAUAGUAAUCUCGUCACAAAACAUUCGCGGGUUUCAUGGGAAAAGUACAAAAGUUGGUUAUUUAAUGGGAACGAAAUGGAUGCAACUACAAAAGAUUCUCAUUUUAAUCAUCAUGAAAAUGUUCCUGAGUUGAAAAAGUCUCGUUUCCAUAGAUUUGAUACUGUUGGUGCUGUUUGUAUUGAUAUAGAAGGGAAGAUUGCUGCAGCAUCUUCUAGUGGUGGUAUUGCAAUGAAGUAUGAAGGUCGUCUAGGUCAAGCGUGUACAUAUGGUUGUGGUUGUUGGGCAGAAGAACUCAGUUCAUUUUCUAGUAUUGGGGUUGUCACUUCAGGCACUGGUGAACAACUUAUAAAAACUCAACUUGCUCAGCGUUCUGCAGAACGUUUUAAUGGUGACUGCAUUUCCGUUUCCGAAAUAGUUCACUCAUCUCUCACUGAUGGAUUUUUAAAUUCUAAGUAUCUUUCCUGUGAUAUGGAAAAAUUUGCUGGUGUUGCUGGAGUUUACGCUAACUUCGAACGAAUUGACUUUCCUAAUGUGGAGGUGUUUUUUGGACACUCAACACGAUCGAUGAGUGUUGGUCACUAUCUGCCGAGUGUUAUGAACAAACCAUUUGUCCGUGUAUCACGGAAGCAAAUUGAUAGACCUACGUAUAUAGAAGUCUACGCAUAUACCAUAUAGCUAGUCUGGAAAUGAAGGGUGAAUACUUUUGUAUCUAAUCUUGACCAUUUGACAUGAAUUUGUUAGACGUACUCGGUAUCAUGAAAGUGUAUAACUCUACUGAGCAAGGAGAUCGUCGCAAUCAUCUCAUAUUGCUAUGAAUGCUGGCGAUAAACUUGAAAACUACUCAAACUCGUGGUAAAGUUGGUCUGGAACGAUGACUUUUUACUUCUAUAUGGCACUCGUUUGUAGAAUAUUUAACAAAACCUUCAGCGUUAUUGAAUAAAUUAUUUCCCAAACUGA